AUAUUCCCGAAAAGCUUGGCUCUGUAUUUGCAAAGGUUAGUAGGUUACUUCCCACCAAUCUUUAGACAGCUGCUGUUAUCUUUUGACAUGAUUGACUUUGAAGUGGCAUCAUGAGAAAUAAUUACUCAAGUAACAGUAUGGAUGACAUUAAAGUUCAGAAAGUGAACGAACUUCAAGCUUCAUCUUUCCCUGUAAGAUCAGUGAAUCAUUCCGAGAGCUUUUCCUUUUGAAGUAUAUUAUUCUUUUAGCCUGGCCUGAAAUGCAGCCCCAGAGAGAGCAUCUAUCUAUCUUUUCCUCAACUACUAAGGCAGGCUUGGUGGACGUCAAGGGAGGGAUAGAGCUGUUGCUGAUGACAGAGAAGAUAAAUUGAGAAAUGGGUUCGACCCCAAUUGUGAUAUCCUCCUCCUCCCACGCCCACGACAGCUGGUGGGGCGGGAGAGGCAGUCUCGUAAAUAACAGAAAGAACGGAAGGAAGAACAGUAACAGCUAUCUAGGCGUCAUUUCGUCUGCUCUUUUUUUCUUCCUAACAUCAUUUCUGUUGCUGGGUUCCAUAUCUUGCAUCUAUGUGCGGCUCAUGCUGACGCCUAAUGUCCACUCGAACCUGCCUGUGAAGGGCUGCUGCGAAGACAAUGAGGGUUCUUGGGCAAUUGGUGUUUUAUAUGGCAAUUCUCCUUUCUCGAUCCCUAAAACCCAUCGAAGAUGAAUAUACAUAGUGACAAGAGCGCAGCUUGGCCGGUGGCCAAUCCGGUUCUAACUUGUGCUUCAGCUUCACAGGCUGGGUCUCCUAGUAAUUCCGUUGCCGAUACGUUCCUUUAUGUUAAGGAAGACGCUCUUUACCUGUUUUUUGAAACGAAGAACCCCAUCACAAUGCAAGGGGAUAUUGCAGUUGCUAAAAGUAUUGAUAAAGGGUGACAUCUCUCAUAUCCAUAUGCCUUUCAAUACAACGGGAAUAUAUAUAUGUUGCCCGAGGGUAGUGAUAAGGGAGAACUUAAUCUGUACCGAGCUAUAGAUUUUCCCUCAAAGUGGGUGCAGGAGAAGUUACUAAUGAAAAAGCCCAUCAUAGAUCCUUUUAUAAUCUCACAUGACGGGAAAUACUGGCUGUUUUGUUUCAGAUCAUAGUGGCAUUGGGGCCCAAAAUAAUGGACAACUAGAAAUCUGGUAUAGUAUCUCCCCUCUUGGCCCUUUGGAGGCCCCAAACAAAGAACCCCAUUUACAACAUAGACCCAAGCCGGGUGCCCGGAGUGGAGGAAGACCGUUCAUGUACGGUGGGAACAUAUACCGUGUUGGUGAAGACUGUGGUGACAUGUACGGGAGGACAGUCCGCAUAUUCAAAACAGAAAAUCUCACAACACAUGAGUUCGAAGAAGUUGAGGUUCCAUUUGGCAUUCAAGAAUCUAUAUCAUUUUCAUUUUCAUUUACCCCAGUGCCGCAAAGGCUCCAACCUACGGUGGGGUAAAGGGGGGUCGGAUGUACGCAGCUGUACUAAAGAACAGAGAGACUGUUUCCGGAUGACCCAUAGUGAAAAUCGCGUCCAAAAUUGCAUGGACUGAAUGCUGCUCCAUAACAAAGAAGUGCAUUCAAGAAUCUAUCAAGGGGAUAAAUGCCUAGAAUGGAGCCCACAGCCAUCCCUUUGACGUGAAACGGCUGGACUCGGGAGAGUGGAUCGCCUUUUUGGAUGAGGAUCGUGUGCAUUCAGGUAAUACCACCCACCGGUUUGCUCUCAGCUUUGCUUCUGUUAUCGGUGUUUCAGUAAUACUCAUAUUCUUGGGUCAGUGGGUGUUUUACCUGGGGCCAUCAAGUGUGUUGUCCCUUUGACUUGACAUUCACACAACAUGGGAAAGAAGAGUGAUUCUUUUUCAACCUGUAAGAAGAAUCAAAGAAUCAAUUCUCUAUGAAAUUGUGGUUGUUUUGCUGCCAAUUGAACCGCAUGGGCACAUUUCUACAUGCCAAAAUAAAACCAAGCACGUGUCCAGGAGCAUUGAUUCUUGCCCUGACAUUCUUAACCACAGCUGCUAUGGCGUGUUUAGGUGUCACCCACAUCUAUGGAGGCAGUGGUACCCAAGAACCAUACCCUGUGAAUGGGAUGACAUAUGACGCUCGCAUGUGGAAUUUGAAAAUGUACAUCAAACACUACUCAAGGUGUGUUUCGGUCCGUGAAAUCAUCGUUGUGUGGAACAGGGGAAAGCCCCCAUGGGCGGGAGACUUUGAUUCGGCAGUGCCGGUGAGGAUAAGGGUGGAGGAGAAGAACUCCUUGAACAACUGGUUCAAACCGAGCCGUUGAUAAAGACGCGAGCCAUUCUUGAGCUCGAUGAUGACAUCGUGAUACUGACUAGGGCAGCAUUCCUUGACACUGAAAUGGCUUUCAACCGAUAUUGGAGUAUGGAGGCUUUGCCAGGAUAAUAAUUGUGAGGAUGUGCUUUUGAACUUCUAAACAAUUGUAAUAAUAAAAUAUAUAAUGCAUGUCAAUUAACUACAUGAUAGCGCAUCAUGUAUCAAUGUAUCAUACGUCGUAUCAACUUGAGCAAAUAAAUGAAUGAAAUAUGUUUAAAGGGUC